UUAAUUUUCGCUUUUUCGGGAAGUUCAAAUUUGCAUUUUUAAUUAAAAAAUAAUAAUCAAAUUGAAAAUAAAAGGAACAAAAGAUCAAAACCCUUUAAAAUCAUGAGAUAUAAUAUAUUUGUAAACCAUGUAAAAUGAAUUAUGCACGCAACCAGUUACAACCAUUAAAAGUUGCUUUGUUUACAUGUUUGGAAGCCCGUUAGCAACCGAGUUUAUCACUGAGAUGGUAGUGCUUUUCGGUGAAUAUGCCAUGAGAAGUAUUUGUUUUAGCCCUAUCUUUUUGUCUGCCAUAUAGUUUGUGUCUGAUUUGGUAAAGAAGUGCCUAUUCUAAAAGAACAAAAUGAGGACAGUUCCUAAGUGGGUGAAUAAAAUCCAUGAAGCUGAUAAGGUUGAGUUUUCCAGUGUGCAUACAAUAUGCUUUAGCCCAGAUGGGACCCAAUUAGUUGUUGGCGCGGGUGAGAAGGUGAUGGUGUACGAUCCUCGAGAUGGUUCCUUGGUUCAGCUACUUCAGGCUCACAAGGGCCCAGUACAUGCCGUUGCAUACUGUAGCGAUGGGAAAAAGUUUGCUAGCGGGAGUGCGGACAAGAAUGUUAUAAUUUGGACCUCUAAAAUGGAAGGAGUAUUAAAAUACUCCCAUGGCGAUGCCAUCCAAUGUCUAGCUUACAAUCCUGUAACGAUGCACUUGGCGUCAUGUGCUAUCUCUGAUUUCGCCUUUUGGUCGGCGGAUGUCAAAGCUGUGCAGAAGUUCCGGCUCUCUGGCCGCAUAACUUCUUGUUCGUGGUCGCCCAAUGGACAACACUUGGCCAUAGGAUUGGCUUCAGGAUCUGUAUCAAUCAGAGAUAAGGUUGGUGAUGAAAUCCAAAGAAUAUUACGAGAAUCUGCAGUAUGGGCAGUUGCCUUUACAAAAUCUAUGCUAAUGAUUGCAGACUGGAGUGAUGUGAUAUCUUUUUAUGAUAUGCAGGGUCAAGUGGUUUUCAAAGAAAGAAACAUAGGUAUUGCUGCUCUCUCAAUGACACCGUUAGGAUCUCUGGUGUUAGUAGGCGGUGUGGGAGGCUGGGCUGUGUUGACGUCAGAAGGCGUUUCAAUCAUCACCACUCAGCAGGAGUGGGUGUGGGCGGUAGCGCCUUCGCCCUCGUUGAAUACUAUGGCAGUGGCAUGUCAAGACGGAACCCUCUGGUGCUACCAAGUGGUUUUCAGUACGGUGCACGGCUUGUACCGGGAGCGGUACGCGUACCGGGAGAACAUGACUGACGUCAUCAUACAGCACCUCACUACAGGCAGCAAAGUCCGAAUUAAGUGCCAUGACAGAGUACAGAAGAUCGCUAUUUACAAACAUCGGUUGGCGGUCCAGUUGCCUGAACGGGUCGUGGUGUACGAGCAAGGUGACGUAGACGGUAUGCUGUACAGAGUCAAGGAAAAGCUGUCGCAGAAGAUUGACUGCUCCCUGUUGGUCGCCACUAGCGAUGCCCUGUUGCUUUGUCAGGAUACAAAAUUAGUGAUGAUUGGAAGACGUGUGCCGAAAUAUUGGACGGUGCCCACUGCAAUACGUUACGUUAAAGUAACCACAUUGUAUUUUGAAGAAGUUUUAUUACUGGGACUCUUGAAUGGUCAAAUAUGGCAAGUGGAACCAAGCGAUGGCAGCUCCAAAAUGAUUCUUCAGACGCCGGCCAGCGUACGUUGCUUAGACGUGAGCGCGUCUCGCGGACGCCUGGCAGUCGUAGACGAGGCGUCUGUGUGUCGCGUGUAUAGCCUGCCCAUCGGGGAACUGUUGUACACGGAAGAAAACGUAUCGUCGGUUUCGUGGAACUCGUGGUGCGAUGAACUACUGGGUCUUUCCGGUGGAGGCUUGCUGUCCAUCAAGGCAGGCAACUUUCCACCGGCCACGCAGCCCCUUAUUGGCUCUGUAGUCGGUUUUCAGGGUGGUCGAGUAUUUUGUUUGCAAGCCAAUUCGAUGCAGACGAUAAACGUUCCCUUAUCUCACGCUGUUCAUCAAUACACGCAACAAAAGCUUUUCAACGAGGCGUACGCCGUGGCGUGUCUAGGCGUGACGCCUUCAGAUUGGGAGCGGCUUGGGAUGGCGGCGCUUGAAGAGCUUUCCUUCGAGGUCGCGAGGAAAGCCUUUCAGCGGAGCGAGAACAUUGUCUACCUCACUCUUAUAGACCAUCUGCAGGAGCGCCUGGAAGCCGGCGAGAAGCGAGCGGUGAUCGUGGGCGAGGUCCUAGCGUACCGCGGGCGGUAUGCCGACGCCGCGCGCUCCUUCCACAGCGUGGGCCGAGACGAGCGCGCUCUGAACCUGUACGUCGACCUGCGAAUGUUCAACAAGGCACAGGAGUACGUGGGCGAGGGCGAAGGCCUGGCGGCGCUGGCGCGGCGCCGCGCGGAGUGGGCGCGCCACGUGAACGAGCCGCGAGCCGCCGCUAAGAUGUAUCUGGCGGCUGGUGACUGGGCGCGCCACGUGAAAGAGCCGCGAGCCGCCGCUGAGAUGUAUCUGGCGGCUGGCGACGUGCAGAAGGCGGCCCAGCUCAUGGCCGAAAGCGGUCGUCGGGACAUAUGCAGAGAUGUAUCUGGCGGCUGGCGACGUGCCGAAGGCGGCACAACUUAUGGCCGAGAGCGGCCGCCGGGACAUGUGCGCCACGUGAACGAGCCGCGAGCCGCCACUGAGAUGUAUCUGGCGGCUGGCGACGUGCAGAAGGCGGCACAGCUCAUGGCCGAAAGCGGUCGUCGGGACAUGUUGAUCGAGCUAGCCCGCAAGCUGGACAAAGGCUCCAGCGAGUCUUUGCGAUACGUCGCAGAAGCCCUAGUGACCGCCGGCGAGCACGCCACCGCCGCCGACGUGUAUCAGCGGCUCGGCGACUACAGGAAAGUAGCACAACUGGCAAUAUCCGCGGGCGAAUGGUCACGAGCAUUCACGCUCGCUCACGAGCACUCCGAAUGUAAACGGGACGUGUAUCUGCCCUACGCACAUCACAUGGCGCGCGAGAACAAAUUCGUCGAAGCUCAGAAAGCUUACCACAUGGCUGGGGAGAUUGAGACAGCGGUCCACGUAUUCACGAUUCUGGUAGGCAAUGCGGUGGCAGAGGAAAGGUUCAGCGACGCCGGCUACUUGCACCAUCUCCUCGCCAUGCAGUGUCUAGAGCGGGCUGACACUCAUGACGUCAAAGAGCGCGAGUCCAGCCUCCGCCAGUACGCGCACAACGAGCGUCUCGCGCGCGUGUACCACGCGUACGAGGCGGUGCACCGCUGCGUGCACGAGCCGUUUUCGCUCAGCCAACCCGACGCGUUGCUGAACGCGGCGCGUUACGUACUAGCGCUGAUUGACUCGGGCCCGCCGCCUGGGGUCUCUAAAUUCUGUUUGUACUUGUGCCUGGCGAAGCAAGCGAAGGCUCUGAACGCGCACACGCUCGCCCGGCAGAUGCUGGACAAGAUCUUAGCGCUGCAAAUACCACAGAAGUUUCAGGAAAGCGUCGAACUAAUGAUACUGAAGAUUCGAGCGAGCUGCGGCGGCGAGACGCGAGAUGAAGAAGUGGCGCCGCUGUGCUGGCGCUGCCGCCGCCACGCGCCGCCGCUGUGCGCCACGCACUGCCCGCACUGCCGCCACGCACUAGCGCACUCCCUGGCCACUCAUGCGAGCCGCGGCGGCGAGACGCGAGAUGAAGAAGUGGCGCCGCUGUGCUGGCGCUGCCGCCGCCACGCGCCGCCGCUGUGCGCCACGCACUGCCCGCACUGCCGCCACGCACUAGCGCACUCCCUGGCCACUCAUGAGGUGUUGCCGCUAGUGCAGUUCGAGCCAGAAGAGGGCAUCACGUUCGAAGAAGCGAUGGAGCUGAUCGAACGCUCUCCUCUCCCGGAGACACAAGAUCGCGAGGACACAGGCGGCGCUGAGGUGCUGCGGAUAGACCGUAAUCCUGAUGCCUCAGACCCCUUCCUGGACAAAGCUGACGAGCGAUCUCUUCUCGCAGAGACGCAGGAUUUCGUGGACACAGGUGGUGCUGAGGUGCUGCGGAUAGACCGUGAUCCUGAUGCCUCAGACCCCUUCCUGGACAAAGCUGAUGAGGAUGACGAGAGCGGCGUGGUGAUGUGCAGUCGACAGGCACUGUUGCAGCUAAGUCCGGGCUGCGUGGUGUGCGUGACGCGACCGCCGCUGCCGCCGAAACUGUACCGCAAUAUGCUGCCCGAGCUGCCGUGUGUGGCUUGCCGCCAUUGCCGCCACCUGUUCUACAUGGAGGACUACGAGAUACAACUAGUGACGAAAGGACACUGCCCCUUCUGCCGGCAUCCUAAGGAUGAGGCCACAGAGGACGGCACUGACGACUCCAUGCUCAACGGAUCCAUAACCUCCUCUCCGGCUAGUCCCGGCAACGGCCAUGGCUCUUGGAACUGAUAUUUGUCAAGAUGUUUGUCAACAUAUUUGUACGUAUCACAGAUAUUUGUCAAGAUGUUUGUCAACAUGUUUGUACGUAUCUUUCGUUUUUGGUAAGUUAGUAUUUUUCGCAAAUACGAUUUCCAAUAUUUUCGAAACAGUUUUUACAAAUACAUAAAUAGCAUACCUAAUCUAUCAUCAGUUUCGUGACAGAAUGCUUCAACAACUUUCCACGCAGUUCAAAUAUUUGCACAAAUAUGUGCCAAUGGCCUUUCACACACAGUUUUUAUGCAUCUUCACAAACAUCUUGACACGUGUUUGUAACCGGCAUAACAAUCAAAACAAAUAAUUAUUCGGUAAGUCAAUAUUUUUUAUAACAUGAACAAAGAAUGAAUGACCAAUAAUUUACUUGAAAUAUACCUAGAUAAGCUAGAGAGAGGUUGUAAAAUGUGUCAUAAUAGUAAAUACCGUACAAACCUCGACGUACAAUUUUAAUUAUAUUUAAUAAACAAAUGUGAAUUAAACUUUAGUGUUUUAAAACCUUGAGUGGCUUAGUUACUUAAAUUAUUAUUAAGAAUAGGAAUACAAAUACAGUAAAACUGAAUGACAAUGAUAAUGAGAACAACAAUUCGAAAUAGGUAAAUUUCAAAAUGGAUUCAUGUGCUCGACAACCUGAUAAAGAAAUUUGAUUUGAUAAAAAAUAGUGCAUUUAAUAUUUAGCUGAAAGUAAAUAUUGUGAUGAUUUCAAUCCGUCCUACUUAU